AUGGCAGGGUCAAGGGCGGUAGCGGGGGCAGCGACGAUGGCGAUGAUGACGAUCAUGUUAGCAAUAGCUUCAUACUCGCACUUUCACAACAAGGGCGCAGAGUCACUGGCAGAGCGAAAGCAGGAAUUAGGGAGAGAAGCGAUGAAGGAGGAAGAGCGAGAGUUGUACACCUUGCGGCUAGAGGGUCUGGAACAGAAGAAGGAGAAAGCUGCUGCUCGUGUCAAGAGGAAAGCAGCGUCUGUUCAAAAGGCACACCCCGAAGACAGGAUUCAAUGGAGGAACCUUGGAGCGAAACCAGAGUCCAACGUCUUCAAGGCAGGAGAGGACAGUGAUGAUGUGAAACUGAAGGCAAGUAGGAAGCUGAGUCUUGCCAGUUUCUGA